GAAAUAGUUAUUUCUAAUAGCACUUCAGAGAAGUACUUAGCAGAAAAAUUAAAUUUAUAUAAGGUUUCAGAUUUUGAUAAGUUAACGCAAAAAAUGAGCGUCGUCAGUUGCAGCCCAAAAUGCUUUGAGAUCUACGAGGCCAUACGCAAGAGCAAAGAGUAUCGUUACAUAAUCUUUCGCCUCGUUUCCGAUGCCUUUGUCGAUGUGGAGACCGUCGGUCCGCGGGACAACGACUAUAACCAGUUCCUUGAGGAUCUCACUCGCAAUGGACCCAUCGAAUGUCGCUAUGGAGUGUUCGAUCUGGAAUACACCCAUGUGUGUUUGGUAACCAAACAGGAAAUAAAGCGAGAGAAAUUGGUGCUGCUUUGCUGGUGUCCCAAUGAAGCCAAGCCCAAGGGAAAAAUACAAUAUCUGAGCUAUUUGCGGCAAUUUAUGGAUCAGUUAAAAGGCGUUCAGUAUUAUAAGACUGUUCGCGAAAGACUGGAGCUGUCGCGCGAAGCCAUCGUGGGAUUUUAUCGUGGCAAACAGCCAAAGCAUUAAAAGCAUGGAGUUUGUUUACUUUUGUGACUUGCCAAAAACAAAAUGAGAUACAUUGUGAAUGAAAACGAAAUCAAAAUCUGGGCACGACAUCGAGCUAUUUAAAAAUUUAUGUUUUAUACAAAAUCUUAAAAAAAAAGUGAUUAAAUAACUACGAAGCGGCUUAAAUUGAUAUGGAACAGAAAGUGUAAGAAUAAUACGAAAUCAAAUAAGAAAAUCGCCAAGGAAAAUAUUGGAAUACAUUAAUUUUAAUCUAUAAAUUAUUAAAUGAUAUGUUUUUAAUAAGCGUAAGCAGGUGUAAUGCGAAAAAAUGAACUUAAUUAUUUUUACUUUUACU